UUCGUAUAAAUUCUAUUCUGCGCUCUAGAAAACGUAUGAUACGACAUGUCACAUGAUGUAUGUGUUGUAAUUUGGAAACUUGACCUCAAGUCAUUAUUUUGCAAAUCAUAUUUUUGAUUCAACCCCUCCACUGCUCCCCUUGACCCUCCAAAUUGUCUAAAAAUUGAAAAAAAACGUCGCAUGAUAUGAUAUUUUAUGGUUUAUUACUUUAUUAGGCUUUUGGGAGUGAUGAGUAAGAAUGGGCUUCAACUCAUUUUUUAAAUUCGGUCCCAUCAACACACCCCCCCUCCCCACCCAAAUUGAUAGCCCAAAUUUCCUGAAAAUUUAAAAAAUCGUGUGACAUACGGUUCAUACUAGGUUCUCAUGUAAGUGAAGAAUACGAAUAUCAACUUUUUUUUUGAUUCGCCCCCCACGCCUCAACCACUGACCCCAAACAUUUUUGAAAAUUGAAGAAAUUGUGUGGCAUGACCUUGGCAUGAUAUAUGGACUGGUUUAUUCUUUUGGGAGAGUCGAAUACAAAAUAAUAUCAGCUUAAUUUCUUGAUUUGGCACCUGAAACGACCUCAUUGACCCCCCCCCCCUCCCCAAUUUCCUAUUUCAAUAUAAUCAUCGAUCUGGGGGGAAAAAUUCAGGAUCAUUCCAUGUCAAAAUAAUUUAUAGGCACGAAUGCGGGUCGCCGAUUUUUUUUAAUAUUUUGCAUGUCGGUAGAGGUCAUCAAUUAAACGUUGAAAAAUGUAUCCUCGAUUGAUUGGGUCAAAAUUAGCCAAUUUUUGUUCCAACACUUCCUCUUGAAUUUGGGUGUUACUUUUUGUCAAAAUAGAUUUUCGAUUUUUUUCGUUCGCUAAAUUUUACCAAUGUGGGGAUAUUUUUAUUCAAGUGGUGUAAUUUUUGAAAACUUUCACAUUUUGGUUUGCACUUGUGAAUUUUGCAGAAUAUUUGACGUGGAAGUGGAUGUAUUUUGUCUUAAUGGUGGAUUUAUUUGAUUUAACGAAAUUCUGUGCGUUACCUUUGAACGUUUUCGCUGUUCCAUUCAAUUAUAAAAUGUGAACUAGGUCGCUGUGCUAUUAUUCGAACCUACCUCCCCUUUCUCCUAAUCAAAAUUCAUCAAUUUCCACUAAAUUUCUCUUACUUAGAUUUGGGUCUAUAAAUGGUCUAUGUACCUAAUGAUCUUUGUGCAACUUCACAAUGAUGCAUUGCCCUCAUGAUUGGAAUUGGAAAAAAAUUGAAAAACGAUGGGUCAUUGCCCUGUAUAGCACUUCCACCUCGAACCUUUUAAUCAAAUUUCAAGUGAAUCGGUUAAAAUAAACAGCCUUGAUUGUGAGAUCACGUAAAACCCUUCAAAAAACGCAUUCUGAGAAGAAUCCCCCCUCCCUCCCUGAAUGAAAAUUAAUACCACUAGAUAUGUUAUUAUUGAUUGCUGUAGAAUAUUUUGAAUCAAAAACGCUGCAAUGAUAGUAAAUUUUACGUUCAAUAUGGUAAUGAAACGAAUCGACUAUUUUGCUUUUAUGGCACUGUGAAUUUUUCCAUUUGACACGUGACUUAUAGAUAGGUAGGUAGUUGAAUUGUCAAAAGUGACGUUUCCACAAGUGUUUCAUACAUGUCUAUGCAAACAAAAACUGAUUCAAUACGUAUCAAACCAUACCAUAAUAAUAUACGAUUCAUGUUCCUGCGAUGUACAGAUCACCUUUGAAAUUUGUCGAGUCUUCUUUGUCAUAAGAACAGAUGCAAUAUACCGCUAGGUUUGCUUGGCAGGACACUACCCUAUAGAAUAAUGAUCGUAAAAUUUUAAGAUACACAAUGCUUCCUAUGAAUAAUAUGUAAGAUGUACGACUCGUGGGCAUUAUUGGUUCGUACGUCAAUAACAGUUUCGUUUAACGAUGUAGCAAAAUAAUAAAAUAUUAUUUAAACAAGUGCUGGCAGUACGCGAAUGGCGUAUUCUCUGACGACCAUCGCGUUCAGAUGCUAAAUCCUUUCGUCGUUUCCAAAGAUGAUUACGAUGGAUUCAAGAUGUAUUUCAAUAAACUAAGCUCGUUGAUAGUUCUUCUCAGCACACUAGUAGAAAUAUCUAUAUCGAGAACCCUCUACAGACGUUUCGAUAUCAACGAAUUUCUCACAGCACCGAGCAACGCAGACGAAAACGAUGUAAAAUCCAACCAAGCCAAAGCUAAAACUGCGACUCCAGAAAGCGAUUUCGAAUACGAUGGGUUUCACGGUAUCGCCAAACAAGUCAAAGAUGCCUCGACCGUGGCCGCGAAUCAUUUCACUACAGCUGCAGCCAACAGCGGAGUAGCAGCCGGAGGUGUCUUGGCCAAUAUCGCCUAUCAACUGCUCAGCUAUACUCAGCGAGGUAUCUCGUUUAUCGGAGGAGGAACCAUCGAUAAAUUGGAGCACGUGCAAAAUAAGCAUAAAUCAUUGAUGACUAUGACCAAGGAUGCUAUCUCGAAAACCGGCGGUUUCAUCGUCGAUAAGCUGGAAAGGGUCUCUGGUGUCUUGGGCGAUGUGGCCAAGGUAUCUGAAGAACAAGGCAGAGUUGAAAAUCAGCAUCGUCAUCGUCAUUAUAUAUCCGAAAGGCAUACCGAAGCUGAUGGUGGUGCUCAUCACGAGGCUGGGCUUGAACUAGAAGAACACGUGGUGGUGGAGGAGGAGGAGCAGCAGAAGAAGAAAAAAAAGAAAAAGAAGAAGAAGAAAGCUGCUGCUGAGGAGCAGGAGCAGGAGGCGAAGAAGAAAAAGAAAAAGGGGAAGAAUUCGAAUCACCUAGAUGAAGAUAAGAAAAAGAAGAAGAAGAAGAAUGAUACCGAACAUCACGAAGAUGGUGAGAAGAAAAGGAAGAAUGAUAUCGAACAUCACGAAAAUGGUGAGAAAAAGAAGAAAAAAAAUGAUACCGAACAUCACGAAGAUGGUGAGAAAAAAAAGAAAAAGAAAAAACAUUCGGAGAAAGUCACCAGUGAAGAUCCAGAAGAUGUUCAAUAUAGUAUAUUUUCAAUAUUUUAAGUUCAUAAAUUGACGAUUGUUAUAAAAUAAAAUGAAAUUUGUGUCGAUUUAUUGUUGGUGUUGUUGUUUUUUGAGUCGUUUUUAAAGGCUGCAUAGAAGGGUAGGGAGGGAAUAAAAUGCUCGUAUGAGAAAUUCGAAUCAUUGUACAAUAUUGUGAAAAAAAAAUAUUAUUUUUCUCUCUCCAAAAUAUUAAAUUGCCCAAAUAUUAAUUCCAUUUUUAUUAAU